GAAAAUUAUAAUCACAUUCUCGUUUUCGUUCUAAGACGCUCUCUCGAACCAAUACGAUCGAGUUCUGCAGGUAGAUAUGACAUCACGGACCGCUAUGAUCAUAGUUCUGACGCUGAUGUGGUUUGCUGCAUUGGACCAUUGUGGAGUUUGGUGCCACAAGUUGUCAGGAACCGAGAAACUAAACUUGAGAAGGCAGUUGAAACGUUUGAGCAAACCCGCUGUCACUACGAUCCAGACAAAAUACGGUGACACAUAUGACUGUGUGGAUUUCUACGAACAACCAGCCUUCGAUCAUCCUUUAUUGAAGGAUCGAAAGUAUGAGUUCCAGAUGAGCUCUUCUCGAGCUUCAAACCAAAAGGUUAAUAUUGAUGGUUCUGGCAUCGACCCAUUUGAUAUAUGGGUAAACGGUAAAGGAUGUCCAUCAAACACCGUACCAAUAAGGAAAAUGAAACCAAAGGAGCUUAUUAAAGCCAACAUGGCUGCUAAGCUAGCAUAUAAUAUUUCAGCAGAUUCAAGCCAAGGUAUCCAUGAGUUUGCAAUCCUCCAGACAACAGGGCAAAACAGAUACUAUGGAGGUGGAAUGAUAGCUAGCGUAUACAAUCCUCAAGUUGAAAAAACUCAAUACAGUUCUAGUCGUGUCAAGUUUCAAAAUGGUCCGGACAGUAUUGCGGUAGGAUGGACGGUUAAUCCAAGCUUAUACUCAGAUGGUGAAACUCGACUCUUCAUAUACACAAUUACCAAGGAUUCACAAUGUUACAACACCUACUGUCCCGGAUUUAUACUCCUGACGGAAGAUAUACCUUUAGAUUUGCUUCUUAAACCUUAUUCUACAGUCGGAGGUGCAUCAUUCGAAAAGAAGUUGUUCGUAUACAAGGAUCCCGCAAACGGAAAUUGGUUUCUACAAAUUGGAAAGGACAAUAUGACCGUUGGAACUUGGCCACAGAAGAUAUUCACGGGGUUAUCGGACUCUGCAAACUAUGUAGAAUGGGGAGGUGAAGUUUAUGGUCCAGUGGGAACUACUCUUCCACCAAUGGGUGCUAGUGCUCUGCCUACAAAGCAUAGGCUCGAUAGUGAUUGCUAUGGCAUCCAGGUUACCGUCAUAAACGACCAACAGGAAGUCGAUUACGAUCCUCCAUCAUUGAAACCUUACAACAGUAGUCCGAGAAACUACUAUUUGUUAGAUGAGGGAAAUCAUGGAGAUGUUUUCCAGCGAAUUAUUCUCUUUGGUGGCGUUAAUGAUUAUCCUGUUAAUGAAAAUAUAUUGUGAGGACUCAUAAGUUGCCUAUCUUUUUAUCCUCAUUGCUGAAAUAAUAAAGAUUCCCCUGUGUUUUUGGCCUAUAUGUAUG